UGUGGGAGAUAUAAUGAUGGAGGAAAUGUAUUGCAUUCAACAUUUCAGCCAUGAUCAUAUUUUGUAUCUAGAUAGAUGGUGGUUUGACAUACAAAUGAGUUGCGGCUUAUGCAAUUGCUUAAUCCUCAAAUGCCAAAAGUAUUACUAUUGUUUUGGUUGUGACUAUCACAUCCACAAAAGAUGUGCUAAGUUGCCUCAAUACAUCAGCAACACCUUGCAUGAUACACACCCUCUCGCCCUCAUUAGCCAGAGAUCAUCAUUUGAUGAAAGCAUUAUUUGUUGCUUUUAUUGUGAGAAGCCCUUGGGAGAUGAAUAUGCUUACACUUGCAGUCUUUGCGCUUUCUACAUGCAUAUCACAUGUGGUUCUAUCCCAUUGCCCGCCAUAACAUGCGAUGGUGAUGAAGAUCAUGACAUUGUUCAAUUCUCUUGCCAUGAACAUCCAAUGAUGCUUGUCGAGCUUGGUGGUGGUAAAGAUGUUGGAGGUAAUAAUUGUUUUGCAUGUCAAUUACCAUGGUCCAGUCCAGCUUAUUCUUGCACAAGUCUUACAUGUACAAUUUUUCUCCAUAAAUCUUGUGCAUGCCUUCCACAAAAAAUUCAACAUCCUUUCCAUUCACACAAACCUCUUAAACUUCAAAUUAGUAAGCCUCAAACUUGUGAUGUUUGUUGCAAGAGAGAUUGUAAGCUCAAUUUUAGUUGUAUGGAAAUUGGAUGCAACUUUAAAUUGGGUACAGAAUGUGCGUGCCUUUGCACAACUGUAAAAUCUCAUAGCCACGACCACUCGCUUUCUUUAGUGGAAAAAGCAUCAUCUAAUAAUGUUCAAUGUGAUGCUUGUCUUGAGUCUUAUGAUGAUAAUGAUUCAGAUAUCCUUGCUAAUUAUGAAGUUCAACAAACUCAAUCCUUCCUUUUUCGCUGUAUGGAAUGUAGUUACAACCUUCAUUUUCUAUGUGGUCCAUUGCCAUAUACCAUUAAAUAUGAAUAUCACAUACAUUACUUGAUUCUUAUCGAUUCACUCAAGGAUGAGGAAUUCGAUAAAUAUUAUUGUGACACCUGCGAAGAAGAAAGGAAUCCAAAAUUUCGUGUUUACACCUGUGUGGAAUGCAAAUAUACAGCACAUAUACAUUGCAUGAUUCCUGAGAUCAUGCAGGCAAUAAAAGGAGGCACAAAUGAUGUUGAGCUUUUAGCGUUGGGAGAAAAUCGAUGGAAAUUGGGGGAAGAAAUGGACGACAUAGAAGAUCAUAAUCCAACAGAAAAACAGACCAUUGGGGACAUAAUUGAUACACUGACGGAAGAAGAAAAGCAGAAACUAAUUCAGCCAUUGGAUUUUAUUAGCAACAAAAGAUACUAUAAUUAUUAUAGAAACUUAAAUUCCAAAUUUGAUGAACUAGAAUCUAUUGAGAACUUCCAUAACUUUAAAGAAUUUUUUCAAUCUGACUAUGACUAUAGUAACUUUCGUAUGGAGGUUCUUUACUACACGGCUAUAGAAGGUCUGACAGUAGAUGAUCAAUAUUCAAGGCAAGAGGUUGUAGAAGUGGAUGGUAAAUAUUUGAUCCCCAAUACAUUGGUCCCUAUUUUCAAAACAUAUCUACUUAAGUAUGGAGAUGAUUGCAAUAGUAGUUCAGAAAGCACUGGAAUGAAGAGCGUGGCUGCAACGUUACUAUCUAUAGUAAUUGACAAAAUGUGUAAAUGUAAGGUUGAAGAUGCCACAAUGGAUUAUUUUAAGGAAUGGAUUUUCUACCUACGUGGCAUUGGAGAGAUUUCAGGGUUCAGAAUUAAUCAAUUCCUGCUUGUUUUGUUGGAUAAGUCCAUGGAUGCCUAUUUGGGUUAUAUGGCCAUUAGAUGUGAAAAACAAGUCCCAGAGAAGCUGGACAUGAAGAUUGCAACAUUGGAAGCUGAGCUGGAGAGGUACAAGAAGAUGCGUGACCAAAUCCCAGCAAUCAUGUCUCAAAAGUCAUCAAGUAUACAACACUUCAUGAGCCAAGCUUCUGAAUUGAAGCACAACACUGUUGGUGACGAGUGGUUCUGAUGUGUAAUCUCUCUUCAUGAUUUCUGUGCUUUUCUCUUAUAUUUGUUUUCUUCAUCCUUUUUUUUUAUUUUUUUUUAUAGUUAAUUGUUGUGACGCAAAAUAUAGAUUAAUAUAAUAAUAAUAAUAAUAAUACACUCGUUUUCUACAAUGGGUUUUCUCA